AUGCAAACCAUUUUUUUGCGCCCCCGGCAAGCUCAACCUUUGUUUUUUGCGCUUGCAAGCAUCAUUGCACAUCCAAAAAUCAUCGCCGGCCAAAUCCCAACUGGCUGCUCUUUCGACAUGAGUGCAGAACCUUCGUACUACAGCGGCCAAUUUCAUCGGCAAGAGUCCCUUGACCUCCCCGAUGGGCUGAAUUCGCCAUCUCAGAUGGGAUCUUUCAACGGCAUCAGCGGCCCAUUCAAUGGCCGCGGUAAUCUUGACCUGAGUGAUGCACUGAAGGCUCCUUCACAAGGACCCUCGCUGAACGGUCUCAGCCUAUUUGUAGACCACUCUUUCAUCGGGCGUGCAAGUCAGGAAAAUUCCGAAGGUCUGACUUCACAAUUCCCAGGCAGCCCGCUCAACGGAUUCAAUAAACACGGUUCCGUCAGGAAUAACUCCAACGGUUCCUUAGACUCACCUAGAGGUCGAAACGACGCCGGCAACCUCGCUCGUAGCGCCAGUUUCCACGCCACUCCCAACCAGGACAGCCAUCGCGGGCAGAACGCAAACCAUCAUCUGUUGUCUCGAGAUCGAGACAACAGAUCCGUGUCUCCAUCUCAACGAAGGAGUGGCGGGCGCACCGAGCCUCAGUGGCCAUCCCGUGGAAUGCCCAACACGCAAACGAUGCACGAAUCACAAAACACGGACUUGCCCAAUAGGACGAUGUUUGAAGACGACAUCGCCGACGGGCCACCUGGUUUUUCUGCGCCAUUAUCAGCGCAACCCAUGGAGACAUUCAUGGCGAUGUCAACGCGAUUUGGUUUGGAAGAGCCUUUUCAGGCGUUUGCGUUGUACCAAGCGGAGGUCAAUGGCUAUGACCACCGCCACUUAGCUCAAGCCACGGCCAAUUCGAAGCUCCUGAUGGAGCUUGGACGUGUCAACAGCAAGAUUGACACGUUAAACGGCCAAUUGGCCACCAUCACAGAGGCAGUCAUUGCCCUCACGCGAGCUCCACUUCCCGCACCAGGUCCAGGUGCCACUGGAGUGGUGGAACAUGGCCCACUGGGCGACUCUUCCGGUGGGGGAAAGUGGGUAGCAAGCGCGAAACUCACGGUAUACACACUCAUCGCAUUUGUACUCAACCGCAAUGUUCCCACACCCUAUACAGCUAUCGAAACUCGGGCAGAAGGGUAUCUGCCCAAUUCAUUGUUUAAUACAAUCAAGAAAAAGGUUGUGAAAGAAGGCACUGCCUUUGCAGAGGAGCACCUUCCCGUCCAGGUCCUUGGCGUGGAAGACGCCAGCGACACCCAAGCGUACACCGGAGCGCUGAAAGGCGCGGGGAAACAAGCCAGAGAAAAGCUACAUAACGUGCUCUUGGUAGGCAUCCACGAUCCUAAAACGAAAGAGGUUGUUGAUACUGCAGUCCCCACCAUCAAAGACAUGGUUCAACGAGUGGCCGUUAGGUGUGGUAUAGCAGGUGAGAAGGCAGAAAUCGAAGCCGUGUGGGCGGCCACCGAUUUACCAACUCGAGGUCGAAUUGCCUACCUGCGUCGAGAAGCCGCGCGCCUGGUGCUCAAGGGAGGCCGAGGUUGUGAAUCCAUCUGGGCUGUAGUGGAUAAGAAACUAUCCCAGUUGCGACUGAAGCGGAACAGUGACUAUACUACUGCCUUACACCCAUUCAACCACAGCUUUUACCAAAUUAUAUUCGACGAGGAUGUCAAAUAUUUUGACGGAAAUAUUUGGUUCAAAGAUUUGAAAGCUCGCGAACCGAAAUUUACGUUGGACAUGCCUUCCGAGGAGGCCAUCCUGGCGCGAAUGGCUGGACACAUGGGCAAUGGAAUCCCUGGUGGAACAAACUUCCUUCAACCAGGAAUUUAA